AUCGAUCGUUUUAGUAGUCUCUCAAAAGAUUUGUUUGUGUUGACAUUGCCAGUUAUAUAUUUUACAAAUAAAAUAUACCAAACACAAAAAUACAUAGACAAAAAAAAAUUACAUACACAGCAUCAUAUAUCGCGUGCAUAGCAAUUAUCCCAGCAAUGGAAAAUCUAUCGUCGUCGACUCAGACUGCUAGCUUUCUCACGGGCUCCAAAUUCUAUGGAAACUACAAUGAGCUGGGCAUGCAGGACCAUGGACUGUAUGUCUAUCCCGACGGCACCAGAUACUUGGGUCAGUUCUACAAUAAUCGCUUUCACGGCAAUGGAACCAUAGAAUUACCAAAGCCGUAUUGUGUGUUCUUCAAUGUGGUGCAUCAUCAUGGGGAGCUGAAGCAUAUUAGCAGAAUGAGCUUCACCGAUCUGCUGCCCGUGCAGUUCACGUUGACCCAAGACAGGAUAAGCUUUGAGAACUGGAACUAUUGCACACCGGCAGAUCGUCGCUUUAAUGCAGAACGAUUGACACAAUUGGAAGCUGUGGGUCCGGAUACGUUUCUGACCAAUGAUGGCCCCGAUCCGCCGCCGCUGCACCGCAACGUCUUCGAUCUCGGCUUUGGGCUGCUUACUGAUAUGGGCUUCCUGAAAAAUAUGCCCAAGCAUAUGACCGAGACGACCCAAUUCUAUGUGGGCUGUCGCAAUGUGCGACGCUGGGUACGCGAGAAUUGUCGCCAUGGUCCCCUAAAGGGCAAGCACCUGAAGCAGGAGGUGCUGUCCAAGUUUGCGCGUCAGAUCUUGCGCAAUAAUCUGGAAUGCGCUGGGGAACUGAAGACACAUCCGAUCCAAAAAGUUCCCUUGACAUCGCAGCGCAGGUGCAAGCUGUGCCGACGCUCUAGAAGCGAGGAGAGCCUCGCCUCGGCGAGAGAAGUGCGUUUGCACUUGGGCAGCACCACCAGGAGCUGCAGUUCCAUUAUGGAUCAUACGCUGAAACGUGAACCUCAAUACAGACGACUCUCAAAAAAAGACUACCCCAUUCGGCGAUCGAAGACGGAGGAAAACGUCUGCCGCUUAAAUUAAUCAGAUAAUAAUAGCAAAAAGUUGUACAAAUUGUAAAAUUAAUAUGUUAUGCCCGGCGAUUAACCCAAA